AUGUCAGCUACUGCCAUCCCAGAUUUCGAUGCUCCGGGCAAAUCCGUGCUGAGGCCCGCAUCACUGGCUCAUGUGGUGCUACGCACUGCGAACCUGGAAAAGAUGUCCGAGUUUUAUGUCAAUUUCCUGGGCGGAGAUGUGGUUUACAGCAACAACAUGAUUUCAUUCAUCACUUUUGAUGAAGAGCACCAUCGAAUCGCUCUUAUUGGCAUUCCAGAUACGACGCCAAAGAUGCCCCUCUCCUGCGGGUUAGAACACAUCGCUUUCACGUUCUCCAACCUGGCCGAUCUUUUACUUGCCUAUCGCCAGCGUAAAGCUGUGGGCAUAGAUCCUGUGUGGUGCGUGAACCACGGCCCAACGACGAGCAUCUACUACAAGGACACAGACGGAAAUAUGCUGGAAACUCAGGUGGACAACUUUGAUACAGUUGAGGAAGCCACAGCCUUCAUGUCAAGCGAGAAGUUCUCCGAGAAUCCUAUCGGCACGGACUUCGAUGCGGAAGAUCUGAUUGCUGCUCUCCGAAGAGGCGAGGACCAGGGUCUUCUCAAGAAACGCAAGGAGAUCGGGCCGCGAGAGAUGCCAGACCUCAGUGGCAUGUAA